ACCGGCACCUUCUCUCUGAAGGUCUGCACGGCCCAGGUGAGUCUUUCUCCAGUUUGGUACCAUGGUGAGACCGGCCCGGCACCCUACGGGUCUGGGUGCCGGGCUCGGGAAACAUUUCCUUCAACCCGGGCUGCAUAUAAUUCCUCGACUCAAUUCGGCUCCCACACUCUUGAUCAGCUCGGCACUUUUCAGAAGUUCGGUCCUACCCAGUUCACGGGGCCGACCCAUUUGGAUCUGACCCGACCGAUCCAGAUGUCAACAUACAGGCCCCCGAGCUUGGAG